UGGUUCAUUUACAGCUGGAGACUGCCUUUAGGACUCCUUGUGGUGUCUUUGCACAAUGGAAGUUAUUGACUUUAAGCAAAUUCUGAGUUUUAAUCAAAUCAUCUAAAGGGCACAGCCAGUCCCAUUCCUGGUCCAGAGGCUGGCCAAUAAAAUAACCACCUAAAGCCCAAGUUCCUUUUCUUCUUACUUUUCUUUCUGAGAUUAUGCAAAUAUUUAUUGGGUACCUCUUAUGCAUUAGAUGCUGGGGGUACCAAAGGGAAUGAAAUGAGUCCUUUCCCUUCAGGAUUUCUCACAUGAAAGGAUAAAUUGCACUGCACUUUGGGAAGCACUAUAAUUGGACAUGCACAUGGCUUUAAGAGCCCAGAAGACAGAGGGACUAACUCCCCUUCAGUGAUAAAGGAAACGCUUCACAGAGGAGGUGGCAUUUGAACAACUGUGCCUAAAAAUAGCUAUAGUUUAAUCACUGUGGAUUGCAUAGGCAUUUGGCUGAGAAACCCAACCAUAGAGCUACAUUGUCCACUCUUUUUUGGGGGGAGCCUGGGUAAUUAUGCUAUCAUUUAUAAUAGUCUGUGGCAGCCUCAUCAGGGGCUAGUCUUGGAGUCCCUGCUAUGGAAAGGUGUACGGGUUAUAUUGCCUCUUAAUGAGGCCCUCUGAUAAUAUUUAAUAUGCUAAUAGGAAUACAGAAGCCCAAAGCUGGCUUUCCAGAUAUUUUACGAAUGACUCUAUUAGAUUACGUAGAAAGCUAGGUAACCGUUUUACUAGAUCUCCCGUGGUUCUCAAUUGCAUAAAGAAAUUGGACUAAUGAGCAGCUUGGGUGGGGUUAUGAAAUGAUGGUGGCUGGAGGCGUGUAAAUCCUAGCUUGCAAUGCCUUAAGCUCUAAAACACAUAUGGUGUGUAGCCAGCUAGGGCCAGUUUGGGAGGAAAAUUGCUGUCGGUGCAGUUGCAGUCAGCAUGAGACUGGUGACAAGCCCACCUCUGGGUUACUGUGAAACCUAAGAGAACUGUGGCUGUGGGCAUCCAUCACUAGCAUUGGCGCUUCAGUUUUUCAAAUGCAUCUUCCUUCUAACUCAGCAAAAUUGCAGGCCACCUUCCUUUUCUUUUCAGCUGAUAAAGGGAAGGGGAAUCUCUCUUUCAGAUAGCUUCUCCAACAAGCAGUUAAUUGAAUAGCUGGUGGGCUAAACAUGUCAUAUAAAUUAGCUUGCAGCACAGCACCAAGCAACUGUUCCCCUUAAACCCCAGGACUUGAAAGUCCUAAGGAAAAGCAUUUAGUUUUCCCACUUCCUUAACUGUACCCAGGCUGUUGUAAUGAUUUCUAAAAAUUAUCCUUGGUUGACCUAAAGAUUUGGCAACUGGAUACUUUUGUGGCUGCCCCCUCCCCCCUUUUUUAACCUAAAUUCUCUUUUAUACUUUGAGUGGAUGCAUGCAAACAGCAGCCCAGCCCUGCCUGUACAGAGCGUGGUCCCCUUGGAAGCAGUCAUGUGACCACUGACUUUGCAGCCCAGAACUUGAGUGCAUCCCUUUAUCUCUAGGCCCUGAGCUGAGCAGGGCAGGGCUGGGGCAGACAGCUGCAGCUCACAGGCCAAUUCAGCCUUGCCCUGAUCUGUGGCUCUGGGCUCGCUUUCCAGGCUGAAAGGCAAAGCAGCCAUUUCCUUAAUGGAAUUUUUUCUUUAUUUUCGUGUGUCUUUAUUUUGCUUAUUUAUUUAAGCAAGGGCUCUCCCUGCAGAGAGCUGCAGAGAUAUGAGAUGUGCACACGCACACGCGUGUGUGUGGUGUAUGUCUAGGGGUGGGGGGCUCCAGAGAGAGCUGGAAUGUACAAUUUCUGAAUGUACUCUUCUUUCAUACCUCUACAUCUCUCCUAGAGAAGUUUUUCUCAUUUCUGUUUCUUUCAAAAUACCCGGGGUGAGGAAAACCUCUGCAUUGGCCAAGCAGAAGAAACAGAAUCUAUUACUGAAGUGAGUGGCUCCUUGCAGCAUAAAGUGAGGUACUUUUCAAACUCCUCUUGAAAUCAGAAGUUGAAUUCAUGAACACACACGAUUUAGACAACAUGGGCUGUGGCAGUUCAUCUUCAAAGAAAGGGAGGAAAUCUGAGAAAGCGAUAAAAGCCGCGUUGAUCAUCCAGAACUGGUACCGAGGUUACAGCGCCCGGAUGAAGGCCAGACAAUGCUAUGCCCUGACCAUUUUCCAGUCCAUCGAAUAUGCAGAUGAACAAGGCCAAAUGGAGCUAUCCAACUUCUUUUCCUUCAUGUUGGCAAACUAUGCAACUGUACGUGAGGAAGAUCCAGAAUUAGUAACUCGACUUUUUCAUGGCACCCUCCAAGACAACAUCGAUAGAGAUGACUAUGUGGGCCUGAUAGAUGUUCCAUACUCCUAUAGUGGUCCUCGGCUGCAAUUUCCUCUCACUUUUACUGAUAUUGACCUACUUCUCGAGGCCUUCAAGGAACAACAGAUACUUCAUGCUUAUUAUGUCUUAGAGGUGCUAUUUGAAACCAAGAAAGUCCUGAAGCAAAGGCCGAAUUUCACUCACGUAAGAACUUCUCCCUCCAAAGAGAUAACAAUCUGUGGUGAUUUGCAUGGGAAAUUGGAUGAUCUUCUUUUGAUCUUCUAUAAGAAUGGUCUUCCUUCAGAGGACAAUCCUUAUGUUUUUAAUGGUGAUUUUGUAGAUCGAGGAAAAAAUUCCAUAGAGAUCCUAAUGAUCCUGUGUGUGAGUCUUCUUGUCUACCCCAGGGACAUGCACUUGAACAGAGGGAACCAUGAAGAUUUUCUGAUGAAUCUGAGGUAUGGCUUCACGAAAGAAGUUUUGAAUAAAUACAAGCUACAUGGACGAAAAAUCUUGCGACUCUUAGAAGAAGUCUAUACCUGGCUCCCAAUUGGUACAAUAGUUGACAACGAAAUUCUGGUCAUACAUGGUGGGAUAUCAGAGUCCACAGACUUGAAUUUACUCCACCAUCUAGAGAGAAACAAAAUGAAAUCUGUGCUAAUGCCACCAGUGCCAUUAAAUGAAGACCUUGCCUCUGACUUCCAGAAAACUAAAGCAGGUGCAAGUGCGAUGCCUAGAAAAUCAAAUACAUCCCUUCCUGAGCAGUUAUCAAAACAUGAAUGGGAACAGGUUGUUGAUAUUCUGUGGAGUGAUCCCAGAGGCCAAAGAGGCUGUUACCCAAACAAAAGUCGGGGAGGAGGCUGCUAUUUUGGACCAGAUAUUACUUCCAAGAUUCUUAGUAAAUACCAUUUGAAGAUGCUCAUUCGGUCUCAUGAAUGUAAGCCUGAGGGUUAUGAAGUCUGCCAUGAUGGGAAGGUUAUUACUGUAUUUUCUGCGUCUAAUUAUUAUGAAGAAGGCAGCAAUCGAGGCGCUUACAUCAAACUGGGUCCUGGUAUGAAGCCUCGAUUUGUCCAGUACCAAGUAACUGAGUUAACGUGCCCAAAGCCUCUUUACCAAAGGGUGCAUGCUAUUGAAAGUAGUGCCAUCAGGAUACUAAAAGAGAGAAUUAUUUCACGAAAAUCUGACCUCAUUUGUGCUUUUGAACUUUAUGAUCGCAGUAAAUCAGGAAAACUUUCUUUGGGCCAGUGGGCUUUUUCCAUGGAGAGCAUUUUGGGGCUGAACUUACCAUGGAGAUCCCUGAGAUUGCAUCUGGUAAACACAGACAAAGAUGGAAAUAUUGACUACAUGUCCAGCUUCCAGGAUAUCCACAUUCAAAAACCUGUGAAAGAGGCUCAGUCUACUCUAAUUGAAAUUUUGUACAGAUACCGAUCUGACCUGCAGAUCAUAUACAAUGUAAUUGACUCUGAUCACUCAGGCCUGAUUUCCAUGGAAGAAUUUCGUACCAUGUGGCAACUUUUCUGUACUCACUACAGUGUUCACAUUGAUGACUCCCAAGUUGAUGAGCUCGCCAACAGAAUGGACCUAAACAAAGACGGAAACAUUGACUUUAACGAGUUCUUAAAGGCUUUCUAUGUAGUGCAUAAAUUUGAUCAUCUGAACAAAUCAGACACCAACCUGGCUGGCCAAAAAUGA